AUGGCACACUCGAAACGCAACACGUCCCUUCCACACUUCACAUCCUACGAACGAAGCCUCCUAAAAAACACCUGGGGCACAAAACAAAGCAACAUAGGCCGCGAUAGCUUCCUCCCCUUCGCCUCAUGCCGCCUCUGCCUCCAACCAGCGCGCACACCAGUAGUAGGCUGCGCCAAGAAUGGCGACCUCUUUUGCCGCGAAUGCGCAAUCAACGACCUCCUCGCCCAACGGCAGGAAAUCAAACGACUGGAGCGUGAGCGGGAUGAUGCGCGGAAGCGCAUUGCCGAGGAUGAUGAACGCACACUGCGUGAAGUCAAGGAAAGGGAUUUAAGGGAUUUUGAGAGGGUGUCUAUGGGGCUUGAAGCUAGGGCUGAUGUUUUUGGGGCUAAUGGGAAGCCUCCUGGGAAUGAGGCUGUUGGUGGUGGUGCUGGGCUUGGGACUAAGAGGAAGGCUGAGGAGGAGAGUGAGGCUAUGAAGAAGUUUAAGGCUCGGGAGGUUGUUGUUGAUGGGAAGAGGAAGAAGGUUUUUGAGUUGGAUGAGAAGGAGAUGGCUAGGGUUGCUGGGGAGGAGAGGGAACGGUUGAGGAAGGAGCUGAAGAUGGAGAAGUCUGAAUCUAGCAAAUCAGCUCUGCCUUCUUUCUGGGUUCCAUCGCUCACGCCCGGCACGGAUGCGAAUGAGAUUGCAGCGAACAAGACCGUCAAGUUAACGCCUAUUUGUCCCGGGUCCACGGAUGAAAGUCGGCAUAGCUAUUCCCUUAAAUCACUUGUUGAGGUUCACUUCACCGAGGAGAAGGCAUCUGAUGGCACUGUUUCGAGGGUUUGUCCUAGCUGCAAGAAGAACUUGAGCAAUGGACUUAAGGCGAUGCUCACGAAACCCUGUGGUCACGUCAUCUGCUCUCCGUGUGUAACGAAGUUCAUGACGCCUCAUGAGCACCAUAAACCCGACCCCCACGCUUCCAAGGAGGAGCAGGAGGCCGCUGCUGCUCUACAUGGUCAGGUUCUAUGUUAUGUCUGUGAGACGGAUCUUACAGCACGUCCUUCGAAGAAAGAUGAUGGCAGUAAGAAGUCGUCCAAGAAGAAGGACAAGGAAAAGGAUGCCAUCCAGCCUGGUCUGGUGGAGGUUAGUUCCGAGGGGACUGGCUUUGCCGGUAAGGGAGGGAACAUGGGGAAGAAAAGCGGAAUUGCCUUCCAGUGUUGA